AUGCUUGGCCUAGUCUAUGAUCAAAAUAGGGUAUUAGUCUUAGAUAAGAAUCUCAAGAAAUAUUUUUCCAAGGAUCUUAAAUUAAGUAUAAAUGUCCAGAUCCUAGCAAGGAGUAAGAAAGUAGUCCUAAUGCUUUUUGGUAAUCUCGUAAGAAUUGUGAAAAAGAAGCAAAAGGUUUACAAUUCAGCAAACAUUCAAGUAAUAGAAAAGCCAUAAAUAAUUGCCCUGAAUAAUUACUAGUACUUGAUGUGGUUUAAAAAUAAUCAUUAAAUUAGAGUACUGAAUAUAAAAAACUUUGCUAUUGAAAAUAUAAUCUUAAUGAAGAAAGGCCUAUCUUACAUUCAAAUGAGCAAAAUUUAUGGCACUCGAAAAUCUGGUAAAUAUGAAAUUUUCUUCAGAAGUCAUAAAUCAAUGGAUAUUUAUGAUCUUAGAUUGAAUGAUUAUCCAUAUUUGUUUUUGAGCUAGAGUAUAGACAUCCAGUCCAAAGAAGAAUUUAUUGUUAACACAUAGUUGAAUAGCAGAUACAUUUGCAAUAUUUUAAGGAAUAUGUAAAGCAUCUAAAUGCACCAAACUCUUCAUGUGAUUGACAGAAUUACUUUAGAGAAAAUGGUCAUCUAAUUAGAUGAUUCAAAAUCUUAGGUGUUCUUACUAAAUCAAAGAUAUUUCAGUGAUAGAUUCCCUUUGAUAAUUAUUUUGUCAGGACAUAAACUGAGAAUAUUGAAGGACUUCAAAAAGCAAGAAUACAUCGAUGACUUCUUUAAUUAAAUGAGCGAGCUUGAAGCAUCAACGAUUUAUAAUUCCAAUCAUUCAGCUCUUUAUUCCUAUGAGCUUUCUAAGAUUUGCAUGCUUCUCCUCGUAAGGAAACUUUUAGAUAAAAGAGCAUAGAUUAUUAGCAUUAAUUUAAGCAAAAAACUAGUAGAAAAAAUUUUAGACUAUAUUCAAUAAUAAAAUUGA